AUGCCGAAGGUCGGCAGGCGGCGCACGAGGGGGAAUCCGGAGAAGGAGAGGGAGGCCAAGAAGAGAAGCCUGCCAGAGGUGGCCUCUCCCGGCGCACCGCAUGGCCGGGCUUCAGCCAUGUUUGCCGCCUUUGAGGGGGGCGAUGCCCCUCAAACCGAAGAUCGUGUCUACGAUGUGGUUGAGUUCGUGACGGAGGAAUCCCCGGGUCCACCCAUUCCUCUGAUCCAUGAACCCUACAUCCCGGACGAGCUAGCUUCCCACCCGGGCAUACACCACGCUUUCGAGCUUGCCGAAGCUAAAUACAAUGCAGAAGAAGACCAGCGGUAUGCUCUAUUCACGAUGGCUCGCGGCCCUCCACACUCGUGUCUGUUCAAUGAGCGUCGGCUUCUUCCAGUCCGUGAAAAUGCAAAGAACGCCGUGCUUCUUGCCUCCGGAUCUGUUGUCAGGCUCUCCUCUUCUCUCGGCCGUGUGCCACUGAAUAAGUGCUGUGGGUUGUGGUUCCAACAGGAUGAAGAGAAGAAAACUGCCAUUGUUUUGACGUCCGCACAUCUGGUCCGCAAACAGGAUCCCUCCAUGAUGGACCAGUGGACAGGAAAAUAUCACCGUGAUGCUCGGGUCGUUGUUCACUUGCUUGAUGGCACAACUGCAAGGGGCAGUCUCCUGUACCUCCAGGAGCAUUAUGAAAUUGCUCUUUAUGAGGUUACAAUGCACAAACCUAUUGAGUUGCCCACUUUUAAUGACACGGUGCAUUCGGGUCAAGAUGUUUUCAGACUUGGAAGAGAUGAUGAAAGUUUGGAUUUGAAGAUAACUCAUGGUAGGGUGGAAUACAAAAUCCCAGUCCGACAUGAGAGAUGCCACUACCUGUAUUUUUCCUCUGAUGAAUCUCGUCACCGUAUGUUGCAUGAUGAUGGAGGGCCUAUCAUUGAUUUAGAAGGGAAGGUUGUGGGACUGGUUAACAAUCAUAUAAAUGAGACUUUUGUGCCUUCCUGCAUAUUGCACAAAUGUUUGGAUUUCUUGAGUUUCAAGUGCAUGCCUCGACUGCAUCUUGGAAUGACCUUUACUACCAUCAAGCUUUUAGACCCUGUUUGUAUCGAGAGGAUGAAGCGUAAGCAUAACAUUGAGUCCGGUCUCAUUGUUCAACAGGUGUCAAAAGGAUCGCAUGCCGAGAAACUGGGAAUCCGCAAAGGUGAUGUUAUUGAAGGUUUUCAUGGAAAAUACGUUUCUACGACAAUUGAGUUGGAGAACAUGUUGGUUGACUUAUGCUGGGAUCAUUUUGAUCAGAGGAAUAAAUUAUAUGCAGCAAAAGACGUUUCGGUUCUAAUAUUUAAUGCUGCCAAACUUUGCCGAAGAACUAGAAAUUUGACUGUAGUUGUAUCAGAUUGUGGAGAGGAUAUUAUAGAAGGCACUUAUCCUAUCACCAUUGAAGAAUAA